AUGAGCGUUACGUACGACGUGUUCCGUGGCUCUGCCGAGGGCCGCAUUGUCGCUGACAAGGCUUCGUCCACCCUUGGACACAAUGAGGUCUUCAUUGAGACCACCCACUCUGGUCUUUGCGGCACAGAUGAGCACUACCUCAAGACCAACCAGGUGCUCGGUCACGAGGGUAUUGGAAUCGUCAAGUCUCUUGGCCCCGGUGUUACCUCCGUGAAGGUUGGAGACCGUGUUGGAUUCGGAUACACCCACAGCAUCUGCACUUCCUGUGACAACUGUGCUACUGGCUGGGAUCAGUACUGCGAGAACCAGAAGCAGUACGGUUUCCACGACUUCGACAACGGAACCUUCAGCUACGGUGCCGUCUGGGACGCCAACUGCGUCUACCCCAUCCCUGAUGGUUAUGACUCCGCGUAUGCCGCUCCUCUCAUGUGCGCCGGUGCUACUGUCUGGACCGUCCUGAGCGAGUAUGGCAUUCGCUCGACUGACCGCGUCGCCGUCAUGGGCAUUGGUGGACUUGGUCACGUUGCUAUCAAGCUGGCUGCUGCCAUGGGCUGCCACGUCGUUGUCCUUUCCAGCUCCGAGACCAAGCGCCAGGAAGCUAUGGACUUUGGUGCUUCUGAGUUCCACGUUUUCAAGUCCGGUGAUGCCGUUCCUGAGGGCUUCAAGCCCGUCAAGCACCUCUUGCUUUGCGGCAAUGCUGGUGUUGAUUACCCUUCUCUCAUUCCCCUGAUGGCCACUCACGGUAGCAUCUACCCUCUGACUGUGGCUUUCGAGCCUGCUAAGGUGCCCAUGCUCGGCCUCGUGUGGAGGGGUGUCCGCAUCCAGGGUUCCCUGGUUGCUUCCCGCCAGAGCAUCCGCAGCCUUCUCGAGUUCGCUGCCAGGAAGAAGAUCUACCCCACCAUCAUGACCUUCCCCUUGAACAAGGAGGGUAUUGAGGAGGCCAUGCAGACCCUGCGCGAAGGCAAGAUGAGAUACCGUGGUGUGCUGGUUCGCCAGUAG